GAACAAGAAUACAACAACUAACAAGGAGAAUUUAACCCUCGAGUAGGUAUAAAAAAGCCGAAAUUUGGAAUUUUUGUUCACUUUCGUCUCAACCUUCAUCAACGAUAAACAAACCAUCUCCAACAAUGACUGGACGCGGCAAGGGAGGAAAAGGACUCGGCAAAGGAGGAGCAAAGCGUCAUCGAAAAGUGCUGCGUGACAACAUUCAGGGUAUUACUAAACCUGCUAUCCGUCGUCUGGCUCGUCGUGGUGGAGUCAAGCGAAUUUCUGGGCUUAUUUACGAGGAAACUAGAGGCGUGUUGAAGGUGUUUUUGGAGAACGUUAUCCGUGAUGCUGUUACUUACACCGAACACGCUAAGAGGAAGACGGUCACCGCGAUGGAUGUCGUUUACGCUCUGAAGCGACAGGGACGCACUCUGUACGGUUUCGGAGGAUAAAUUAGCAUCAUCGACUCAGACUAAAAAACCGGCCCUUUUCAGGGCCAUCAAAUGAAUUAAAAAGGUGAUUUUGAUUAACUUCCUUGUCGGAUUUAAAAGGUGGUUGGGAUGUGAUCGAAUGAUGAUUUUUUUCAGUUUAAGAUUAUUAGAUUUACUGGUAUGAGAUCUACCCAGCUAAAAUUCCUAUUCCUACACAAAAUACAAACUCCUGCUGCA